AUGUCUGCACCCACGCACACACGAACAGAGUACAACUGCACAGCUCGCAUGCCGCCCGCUACUCUCCACGGACGCUGCCACUGCGGCGACCUCGAGUGGACCGUCACCGCCGACGGACGCGCGCUGCCGGGCCACACACUCUGCCACUGCCGCGCCUGCAAACUGCUCGGCGGCGGGGAUUUCUGCGGGAUACUUCUGACGUCGAUCUCUGCGAUCCGCUUCGAGCACGGUACGCCGCAGGUGUACUCCUACGUCGACGCCGACGGGCACACGAUCCACUGCACGUUCUGCAGCAAGUGCACGACGCACGCGUACCACCGCGACGAGAGCCGGGGCGACGAGAUCCAGGUGCGGACGUUCCCGCUGCUGGAGGCGUCGAUCAUGGCUGUCGACCGCGAGAUAAACAUGGGCGAGAAGUUUACGUGGCAGAAGAAGGUCGAUGGCGCAAAGAGCUUCAAGAGGAUGGUGCCUGCUGUGGCGAGAGGGCGCCACGGACGGAAAGCGCAGUUCAUGACCCGGGCGUGA